AUGCGAUUUGUAAACGAGCUCACGGUCUUCUUCGACCGAAGCGGCGAGCGAAGGCCGCCCAGCAGGACAAGGCGCCUGGCGAUUGGGAUAUGGAAUCGCUUCACCAUUCCCUCAUUCUUCGGAAGAAAGGCAUCAUGCUGCGGCGUUGUUGCCUACGUGGGCACUGAAGACUGCCGCGACGUGCUCCUGAACGACAUCCAGGCCAUCAAGCACCGAGGAUACGACUCGUGCGGAAUUGGCACUUUGAACUUGGACGGCUCCAUAGAGGUGACGAGAUGCAGCAGCUACAAGGCGCCGGCGAACUGCUUCGAGCGCCUGCGAGACCGCAUCGGCGAUCGCCACCUGGGCAGCAAGAUCGGCAUCGCCCACACGCGAUGGGCAACUAUGGGCCCUCCCACGGACGAAAAUGCCCACCCGCACUGCGACGCAAAGCGCCGUGUGGCGCUGGUGCACAACGGCACCGUUACCAACACGGUCGACUUGUUCAACGAGACAUGCGCAAUGCUACGUGAGCGCGGGUUGGAAUUGGAGAGGAUCUACGGUACCGAGCCCAAGUGCCCUGAUUCUGACAGUGCGGCGAUAGCCAACAUCAUUGGUCUCCACCUGGAUCUAGGCUACGAUGCAUUCUCUGCGAUGAACAUCGUGGUGUCACGCCUGGAGGGAUCAUGGGCCAUAUGCCUCCUCAGUGCCAACAACCCGCACUCCCUUUACGUCGCUCGUUCUGGGUGCCCGCUACUGCUCACCAAGAACGACAACACUCAGUCCGUGCAUGUCGCCAGCGAGACGGUGGCGUUCAUGAACCAUGCCGACCAGUUUGUAGUGCUCGAAGACGGCGACAUCAUGGAGCUGAACUACAACUCAGUGGUUGAGUUGUUCCGCACGAGAAAAGUGUGCAAUGUAACGAGGCUGCACGUCCGCAGCACGCCAGAACCUCAUGAGUUCUGGAUCCAAAAAGAGGUUGCUGAGCAACCGCUCGUGGCGCGUGUGGCGCUGCAGCACUUCAAGUUGGUGCGUGCGUCCCGCGAACUGCGUGCCAUUAAACAGGCCCUUGAGGGCGUAGUCGAUGUAACCUUCGACAGCGACGAGCACCUGGUUGACCGUGACCUGGAGCUCGUCUCCGCCUUGGACCCUCGUAACGUGCGCUUCGAGAUCCCAGUGCACGGCGACGCGUCACUGCUCAAGAAGAUCGAGGCGCGACGAAAAAUCAACAUUGUCGCAGCUGGAAGUUCCCUGCAUGCUGCGCGUUAUGUGGCGUCGCUCUUCCAGACCCGUCCCAUAUUCGCGCUCAUCGAGACCGAUGACCCCACGGAGAUGAAGCUGUACCGCUACACCCACCCCGAUUCUACCAUCAUCUUCGUAUCGCAGAGUGGAGAGACCCUGGACACUGUGAAGGCGUGCGGCAUGCUUGCUGCGCGCAACCCCAGUGCUGUCAAGAUUGCCAUGCUUAACAACUUGAACACGCUGCUUGACCGCUCGUGCGAACUGACGAUGAUGAUCAACAUCGGGCGCGAAGUGUCGCUUGCGUCUACUAAGACCUUCAGCGUCCAGGUAAUGCUCCUUAUGGUGCUGUUGGGCUACAUUCUGCAAUCGCAAGACACCGAAGGUCGCCACGCGGAGUUCCUCACCCAACUCAAGGCAUCAAUCAUCGCCUUUGGUCCGAGCCUGAAGAAGAUGCUGACUACUGCGCCGCAGUGUGAGCGCAUUGCUCGCAGGCUGGUAGAUGUGGAGUCGCUCUACGUGACCGGGAACGCCGAGGCUUACGCAAUUGCCAUCGAAGCCGCGCUGAAGUUCAAGGAGGUGACGUACAUCCAUGCUGAGGGAAUACCGUCGGGAGCGAUGAAGCACGGUCCCUUGGCAUCGAUCGACCCCAAGGCGCGCACUCCGGUCAUAUGCAUUAUCACGCCGGACGAGCCCGAAGCGGCGGUGAACGCUGCAAAGCAGCUGAAGGCCCGGAACGCCUACAUCAUCCUCUUGGCUGCGAACCCCGGUUUAGCGGACAUCGCGGAUGAGUUCAUCCAGUUGCCUAACUGCGGCAUGUUGACUGCCGCCUGCGCUAUCGUGCCAGUUCAGAUGAUCGCUUACAACGUCACCAUCAUGAAAAAGCGGAAUCCCGACACCCCACGUGGGCUGGCUAAAACAGUUACCGUGAGCUAA